AUGUCCGAGACUAUUUACGAUCAGAUUGAAAUAGAGGAUUUCACUUUUGAUCCAGCUACACAACUAUUCACAUACCCAUGUCCUUGUGGUGAUAGAUUUCAAAUUUCGAUCUAUGAUAUGCAAGAAGGUGAAAACAUUGCUGUUUGUCCUUCUUGUUCUCUUAUGACAGAAAUUAUUUUUGAUGAAUCUGAUUUGCAGGAAUAUUUAGACCAGAUCUGA